AUGCCCCCAUGUCUCCAUGCCUCCAAGGCUCCAUGCCUUCAAGCCUCCAAGCCUCCAAGCAACCGAGUUUCCAAGCCUCCAAGCCUCCGUGGCCUCAAAGCCUCAAUGUCCCCAUGCCUCCUAGCCUCCAUGUUCGCAUUGCUCCAAGCCUCCAAGCUUCCAUGUCCCUAUGCCUCCAAGCAUCCAAGUCCCAAUGCAUCCAAGUCUACAAGCCUCCAAGUCCCCUUGCCUUCAAGCCUCCAUGACCCCAUGCCUCCACGUCUCCAUGCCUUCAAGCCUCCAAGCCUCCAAGCAACCAAGUUUCCAAUCCUCCAAGUCUCCAAGCUUCCAUGUCAUCAUGUCUCCAAAGCUCCAAGUCCCUAUGUCUCCAUUCCUCCAUGGCCCCAUUUCUCCAUUCCUCCAUGGCCCCAUGCCCCCAAGCCUCCAAGCCUCCAAGCCUCCAAGCCUCCAAGCCUCCAGUCCCCAUGCCUUCAAUUCCCCAUGCCUCCAAGCUUCGAAGUCCCCAUGGCUCCAAGCCUCCAAGCCUCCAUGUCCCCACGAGUCCAAGCCUCAAAGUCUCAAUGUCCCCAUGCCUCCAAGCCUCAGAGCCUCCAUGUCCCCAUACCUCCAAGCCUCAAUGUCCCCAUUCCUUCAAGCCUCCAUGUUUGCAUGCUUCCAAACCUCCAAGCCUCCAAGUCCAUGCCGCUAAUUCUCCAUGCCUCCAAAUCCCGAUGCCCCCAUGCCUGCAAGCCUCUAAGCCUCCAUGUCAGCACGAAUACAAGCCUCCAAGCGUCCAAGCCUCCAUGUCCCCAUGUCCCCAUGCCUCCAAGCCUCGAUGUCCGCAUGCCUCCUAGCCUCCAUGUCCCCAUGUCUACAUACCUCCAUAUCCCCAUGUCCCCACGCCCCCAAACCUCCAGUCCCCAUGCCUCCAUGUCCCCAUGCCUCCAAGCACCCAUGCCUCAAAAUACCCAUGCCUCCAAGCAUCCAAGUCCCCAUGGCUCCAAGCCUUGUCCCGAUGCCUCCAAACCUCCAUGUCCCCAAUCCUCCACGUCCCCAUGCCUCCAAGCCCCCAAGUCCCUAUUCCUCCAAGCCUCCAAGCCUCCAAAUCCCCAUGCCUCCAAGUCUCCAUGCCUCCAAGCCUUCAAAUCCCCAUGCCUUCAAGUCCCCAUGCCCCCAAGCUUCCACGCCUCCAUAUCAACAUGCCUCCAAGUCUCCAUGUCCCCAUGCCUCUAA